AUGACCAAUAAAAUCAAUACAUCGCGGUUCUACUUUGAGUACAAGGGGCAUAAAAUAACCGACAUUACCACAUUUUUCAACAUUGCCACCGCGCAGCGCCCCGAAACCCCCGUCGUGUACUUGGCCGGCGACUCCUCUUUCGACAACAAGUACUGGCUGCCGUCCACGUCGCCCGGCUCGCAAGAUGCCGUGCCCACAGCCUCUUUGCCUGAAAUCUACAACCUGGUGCUGCAAAAGCCGUAUCCAAAAGCGGACGUGGCAUUCUGGCUCAAUCAUGUUCUCGGCGCACGGGUGACGACACUGAACCUCGCUGUGGAGGCGUCGCUGCUGCGUGAACGACAUGGCUCUGGGUUGCUAGCGCAUGACGAAUUUAUUCGCGAUCGCAUCGCCCCACGCGAUAUUCUCAUCGUUUCCGUAGGCGGCAAUGACAUUGCGAUGAAGCCGACGGCGUGGACGGUUCUGCACAUGCUGUGGCUGGCAUGGCUCACGCCGCUCUCGUCGCUCCGGAGCGGUCGCGCAUGGGCGCUCCGGUAUUUCAUCGGGCUUUUCAAGACUCAAACGGAGAAUUACAUUGCCAAGAUUGUCGCAAAUCACAAGCCUCGUGCCGUCAUUGUGUGCAUGAUAUACCACCCACUCGAGUCGCAGGCUGGACUGGCGCCGAGCUGGGCCGACAAGGCGCUGAGGGCGUUGGGGUACAACAAGCAGCCUGAGAGGUUACAGGCGGGCAUUAAGCAAAUGUACGAGCAGGCGACUAGGAACAUCGAAAUUGAUGGGGUACCGGUCAAGGCAUGUCCGUUAUUUGAGGCCAUGAACGGGAAGAAUGCAGGCGAUUACGUGGAGAGGGUUGAGCCUAGUGUAGAGGGAGGCAGAAAGAUGGCAGAGCUGCUUGGAUCUUUGAUAAACGAUGUUCUUGAAAAUUCCUAA